AUGAGCUUAGUUUGUUUGUAUACUCUGUUGAUGCUUAUAGUCGCCGUAACUGGGACUCAAUCGGUUGACAAAUGUGAAGAACAGGUGGAAACGGUACUCAACUUUUUGAAGAAUGAACAUAUUCAAACUGCAAUCAGUCACCUAUCAUGUCAUGUUGAUAAUGAUUGGGAAAGUUAUAGAACAAUGCUAUUCAAUAAACUAUUCAAUCCAAACUGUGAAGAUUGUAUUAAAUAUCUAGAUAUCAUAGGAGUAUUAGUGGAAACUAAGGAGUUUGAAGAUGUUUACAAGUUGAUAAGUAAUAAGUUGUGCAUAUGGUCUGGUCAGUUUUUGAAAAAUUGUGAAAAAAAAGCAGCAGAGUUGUUGUACACAAUUUCUGAGUUACUCGAAACAAACGAUUCAAGGAAAGUAUGUGAAGCAUUUAGCUUCUGUUCAAGUCACAUUACACAAACUACACAAAGUAUACCUACUCCAAAACAGGUGCAUUUAAUAGAAGGUCAUAAAAAUAUGAAAACGUCAAAUCAUUUGAAAAAGGCUUUAAAUAUUUGUCAUAAUUAA